AAUGGGGGGAGGUGUGUGGAGGGUGUGGACGCGACCAGGUGCGUGUGUCCCUCCGGAAGAAGUGGACCGACCUGCGAUACAACAAACAAUCGCUGCAUCAUGAAUCCGUGUAGAAGUGGAGCAACGUGCACCAGCCUUCCAGGGGGAUACACCUGUGGACCCUGCCCUAUCAAUUAUUCCGGGUUCUAUUGUGAAAGAUCUAUCAACGAAUGCCUUUCCAAUCCAUGUCAUAACGGUGGCACGUGCAGCGACGACUACAACAGGUUCACAUGCAGCUGCAGAACUGGCUUCACCGGCGUUUUGUGCCAA